AUGUCGUGGCUUACCGGUUUCUUCGGCUCCUCCAGCGACAAAGCUGCUCUCGCCCCUACUGAGGUCCAGACCAAGCCCGCCCAGACCGACAAGCCCAAGCCUUGCUGCGUCUGCAAGGACGAGAAGACCGCUCGCGACGACUGCAUGCUUUUCUCGAAGUCCGACGAUCCCGCCAAGGAAUGUGAGGCCCUGGUCGAGAAGUACAAGACCUGCAUGGCCGGCUUCGGCUUCAAGGUCUAA